AUGAACCAACCACAAACACAACCAAAAUCAUCCCCACUCCUCGAAGAAAUGCCAGAUGAUAUCAUCUCAGGCAUUCUUUCAUACUGUGACUUUCCCACAGCUGUCUCGCUCGCAAGACAAACCAACAAAUCCUUGCGAGCAAGAACUAAUAGUGGACGCAUGUCUCACCUUUGGCAAGCGAUCUUUGAGCGCUACAACUUUUCUCCAGUAGAAGAGGCGGCUGAGCAUGACUACUUUAUUCAGUGCCAGAAGCGACGAAAGCUCCUUCUAGGUCUAAUGAAAUGUGAUGAUCGCAUCCACUCCUAUGGAAGACGCGAUGGCGAUCGUAAGGUCCAAUUCCACCCAAUGACUCCUUCUGAACAGACUAUGGAAGAAGGUGAUGAUGAUCAAGCUGCCGUCAUCCAACAAGACAGCUUUGUAUGCACCUCGACCUCUUCUGGUACUGGAAUUGCAAUGAUGGAUCCCAACGAUGGCAGCAUGUCAGUGAUUUCCAACUAUCUUGCACCAAACGAUGAUGAAACAGUGCAAGUACUCCACCUCCAAGCCGAAGAACAAUCUUCUACUCGUCAGCCUGCUAAUGAAGCUGACAAGCCACAACACCUUGCUGAUGCCUACGUAGGCAUUGAAGUGAAACCAAUCAUUGACUUUGAAACCCACACACUUAUGGCAGAUUUCCUUUCCACAGUCCGAAUCGUCAAGACUCCUUCCUCACUCAGAGAUCCCAUCUCUACAGAGCUGGUGGCUUGGACCCGUCCCAUCGGCGAUGCCACCUACGGCGACCGAAUGUCUCGCCACAUUCCAGGCGCAUUCCGUCUCAUUGAUAUGGAUGCCAAGACCCGACGCGUCUUCGUCUCCUUUCAAGAAAAGGAAGAAUCGAUGCGAUGGAUGAAGUGGAAUGCCACUCCCGCCAAGAACCAAGUCCUUGCCUUUUCUUUGUUGAAACAGAACCAAGUCGACAUCUCUGAGGAAUUGCCUCAACCGGACUUCAUGAUUGACUGUGAAGAGGAAGUCAGCGCCUUCUCUGUUGACUGCACUGGUGAACAUGUUGUUUUGGCUACUGCUGAAAAGAACAUGGAGAUUUGGCAAGUGGACCAAGCCUCUGCCAGUCGACUGGAAUCCAUUUCUCUCAAGAAAGCGCUCCAAAAGAGCAUCCAAACCCGACUUUCCUGGUUGAAAGAUUUGAUGAAACGCCAAACUACAGCCCAAAACAGCAUGGACCGACGAAUGAACGAGCCUUGCGUCCUCAGAAGACAACUUGAAAAGCUUUCGCUGUCUCCCAUCCAGUCUAUCCAUCUUUCGAAGUAUUCAUCGAUUGAGCGAUCUGGAUUUGUCACCAUGCAUCAAGAAGGCAGAACACUGCUACAUUGGCGCAAGGUGUCUGGAAGCUUCGAGAUUGUUUCGAUGAUUACCAAUCCCCUUUCCACCCAACUGGUGCCCCAAGUGGAGUUCACUGGAACCAAGGUGCUAAUUUACGGCAGAAACGAGGAGAACACCAAAGCAAGUGUCCUUGUCUACCACGUUGCCAAUGCAGAUAUGCCCAUUUCUGAUGAUUGGAACAAGGAUGGUGGCAAGAAUGGAGGCGGAGGCGUGUACAAUCUCUGUUCCCCAGCCAGUAUUCGUUUUGUCAACGAAAUCCGACCCAACGCUAUAAGUGGAAUCCAAGCACCCAAGAGUACCAGUCCCUUGCAUUUGACGUGCAACGAAAGAUUCCUUGUCAUGAAUGUCAUGGCUAGUGAAGAAUGGACUGGUUCAUCGGACCUUACACAAGGUUUGUUGGUUCUUGACUUGGAACAGCAGUGA